UUUCCGCAAUUAAAUUAUAAAACCCUAACUACCAGCAACUCAUCUCUUUCACCUUUUCUCGUGGCUGACUUUCUCUCUCCUACUCUCUCAGGAAUCAAAUUCCCCAAAUUAUAAUUCCCCUUUUUUUCCAGUCCAAUCAUUUGAUCCAGCUUCAUAAUUCCAAGCUCUGUCUCCUUCACCCGUCGUAUUAUCUGGGUCAGAUCAUAAUCAAUCAACCAUUAAUUUUUGCAUUAAUCGACAUUUAUUAUUUUCUGGGUAUGCGAUUUUCCCCAGAUUUUUGAAGAAUUUUUAUAUUUCUUCUUCAUUUUUGAGAAAAAGGAUGAAGAUGAUGGGUGCUGAAUUUGAGGUUUCCGAUGAGAUAUUGGGGACAUUUGCGCCGAUUAUUGUGUAUUGGGUAUACUCUGGGAUUUAUUUGAUGUUUGGUUCUUUUGAUAAUUAUCGUUUGCAUUCGAGAAAGGAUGAAGAUGAGAAGAAUUUGGUCUCGAAAUCUACUGUUGUUAAGGGUGUUCUUCUUCAACAGACUGUUCAAGCUGUUGUUGCUAUCAUACUUUUCGCGGUAACAGGAAGUGCUGUAGAGGCUGCAAAAAAUCAAAAAACUUCUAUAUUUGUUCUCAUAUGCCAGUUUGUAACUGCCAUGAUGGUCUUGGAUACCUGGCAGUAUUUCAUGCACCGAUACAUGCAUCAUAACAAAUUCUUGUACCGACAUAUCCAUUCCCAGCAUCACCGGCUUGUUGUCCCUUAUGCUUAUGGGGCUCUUUACAACCAUCCUUUAGAGGGGCUUAUUCUUGAUACUAUUGGUGGGGCCUUGUCAUUUCUCGUAUCUGGGAUGUCACCAAGGACCUCCAUUUUCUUCUUUUCCUUUGCAACCAUCAAAACAGUGGACGAUCACUGCGGUCUUUGGCUACCGGGUAACCUGUUUCAUAUCUUGUUCAGUAAUAAUUCCGCAUAUCAUGAUGUGCAUCAUCAGCUUUAUGGAAGCAAGUACAACUUCUCGCAGCCUUUCUUUGUUAUGUGGGACAAAAUUCUUGGGACUCACAUGCCUUAUUCUCUAGAGCAUAGAGAAGGUGGUGGAUUUGAGGCGAGACCUACAAAGGAAUGCAAGGAUGAUUGAUAUAACCCACUGUAUGUGCUACAUUUACCACUAUUCGCAGUCCUCUGCUGUCAUAUUUAAGCUACCUUUGGAAUGUGUUUUCUAUGUACAUGCCGGUUUUUGUAAUCUUAUUAAUUUGUGUCUAUAUGAAGUUUUUUGACGCUUGAGCAGAAUUUAAAUGAUGUAGAGUUGGGAAUUUCAGCAUUAUCUUUUUCGGAAUAGCCUCUGGUUCAUACUGCCUUUGUGAUUCAGGCAUUUCCUUGGUUGGAUGGUGUAUUGAUUUAUUAGCUCAAAUGUUUUUAGACCAGGAUUAUUAAAUGUCAAAAUUCUAAUUUUCAUUGUCACUGGAUACACUAUAGAGGGAGUCAUUUUUUAAGGAAUGUAAUCUCUGAAGCACAUAUCAGCUGUAUGCUUUGUUACUCUUUGAUCAACAUAUUUUUGUCAGAUACUAUCUUAUAAA